AUGGACUCCCCCGUCGUCACGCAGCUGUUCCGACAGCUCUUCUCCCACCGAGCCAGCCAUUGCCUGCGCCGGACCGCCAUCCCCACACGCCGCGGGCUCGCGACAAAACGCACGUCGGGCGAGACGAAAUGGCAGCAGCGCACCGAUGCCUUCCCCGAGGAGCGCGAGGCCGAGUUCAACAAGUACCCGACGGUGACGGCCGAGCAGCUGCGCGGGCGGCGCGAGCGGCCACGACGGGUCAAGAUGCUGCUGCGCGACUUCAUCGAGGACAGCCUAUACAACCCGCACUACGGCUACUUCAGCAAGCAGGUCGUCAUCUUCCACCCGGGCGAGGCAUUUGACUUUUGGGCGCUGCGCGACGAGCCCGAGUUCCACCGGCUGCUGGGCGAGCGCUACGAGGCGUUUGAGGACGAGCUGGACAAGACGGCCUUCAACGACAGCCGCCAGCUGUGGCACACGCCCACCGAGCUGUUCCGCCCUUACUACGGCCAGGCCAUUGCCCGCUGCCUCGUCGACAACUACAAGCUGGCCCAGUACCCCUACCACGACCUGCUCAUCUACGAAAUGGGCGCCGGCAACGGCACCCUCAUGCUCAACAUCCUCGACUUCAUCCGCGACGCCUACCCGGAGGUCUACGAGCGCACAAAGUUCCGCGUCAUUGAGAUCUCGACGUCGCUGGCCUCGCUGCAGACGCACCACCUGAAGCGCUCGGCCUCGGCGCGCGGCCACCUCGACCGCGUCGAGAUCAUCAACCGCUCCGUCUUCGACUGGGACCAGUACGUGUCAUCGCCGUGCUUCUUCCUCGCGCUCGAGGUCUUUGACAACUUCGCCCACGACGCCGUGCGCUACGACCCCGUGUCCGAGGACGCGCUGCAAGCCAACGUCCUCAUCGACGCGCACGGCGACUUCUUCGAGUUCUACUCGCGCGACCUCGACCCCGUCGCCGCGCGCUUCCUGCGCGUGCGCGACGCCGCCUGCGAACAGCCCUUCAACCACCCGCUGCGCGGCCCGCGCCUGCUCCGAAACCUGCGCGCCAGCCUCCCCUUUGCCCAGAACCUCUCCACCCCCGAAUACAUCCCUACCCGCCUCAUGCAGUUCUUCGACGUCCUGCACACGUUCUUUCCCGCCCACAAGCUCGUCACCAGCGACUUCCACAGCUUGCCCGACACCAUCCAGGGCGUCAACGCCCCCGUCGUCCAGACGCGCUAUAAGCGGCGCACCGUGCCCGUGAGCACGCCUUUGGUCCAACAAGGCUACUUCGACAUUCUCUUCCCCACCGACUUUUGCGUCAUGGAAGACGUCUACCGCGCCAUCACGGGCAAGCUGACGCGCGUCAUGACGCACGAGGACUUUUUGCGCCGCUGGGCCUUUGUCGAGGACACGGAGGUGCGCAGCGGCGAGAACCCCAUGCUGAGCUGGUAUCGCAAUGCCUCUGUUAUGACGACUGUGUAG